CCUAUCUAAAUCGUCCGAGAUCGGCUGUGUCUCCCUUGUCUUCAGUUGCCACUCGGCUUCUGCUUUUCCUUGGGCCUCCCUCGCCGGAGAGACGUCCAGCUCUCUCCCUGACCACGCGCAGGCAAAGGCGGUAGUGUUCAUUUCUGGAGAUGCGUCGGAUUUGUGGGCGGUUUUCUUCUUCUCUGUCUCUGCGCUACACGCUGCUUUUGCGAUGAGGCGCGAGAGAACUCUCUUCCCUAGGUGUUCGCUUCUUGGGGUUAGCGCGAGAAAAGAGAAAAGAGAAGGAGAGCCUCCACCGGCUUCAAGGAGAACGAGUCAUCGUCGUUGUUCGGCGCCCUCCCCGUGUAUCCACCAGUCGUCCCCCAGUUCCUCGCUCGCCUCCUUCCCUCUGCUUCCUCUCCGCGUUGUCUUGCUCUCUCCUUCCUCCGUUUCCUUCCAAUGGCGUCGAGCGCACUUCUCACGAUCCACCCUUCCUCGGCGACGCAGGUGCCGCACUGCGCCUCGUGUGAAUUUCGACCGCGCGCUCGCCGCGGCGGCGAAGAAGAAGAGUAUGAGCCUUCCCUCUGGGCAGCGUUGCUCGCGAAGGAGGCAGAGCAGUGGGAGGGAGAAGACGACCUCACUCUCCCGCAAAGAGGACAAAUACUCACGGAGAAGGCUCGAGAAAAGCUCUGCAACUCGCAGCGAUGUCGCACCUGGCUUGAUCUCAGACUGUGGUUCGGCUUCGAGGAACCAGAUUUGUGUGAAGGGGACUACGAAGAAGUCUUCAGGCCAGUGCGACACGAAGGCUUCGGGCUGUUCGAGCACUUCGUUGAACUGGGCAGUAAAACGCUGGAGACGUUGACGGAGAUGUUCUUCUUUAGGCACUACAGUCUGUACGCGAGAGGCGCUUCGGCAGGUCAGAGCUCCUCGGAGUUCGUCGCACCGGCGCCGCUGCCUCUGCCCCCCGACCUUCGCAAGCGCUUCUCGCCCAGCGUUCCACAGCUUCUCUACACACAGAAGCAUACCGAGAGAACAUGCGCUCCCAUCAGUCUCUACCGCUUCGCUCUCGCGUACCUCGCCGGCGCGCAGGGCCUGAAGACGCGAACCUCCGUCGUCGAGUACGUCCGAGCCUGCAUUGGCUACGCCUGCUGCUGCGCCGGAAACAGCGACAAAAGCCUCUACGUCUGGGGAUCGGUUCUCAUCGAACACAUAUACUGGACGCAAAGAAUUACUUCGGGACACACCCACGACGAGAGCAUGUUGAUUCACGACCUUCAAGAAUACCUCGGAUACAAAUAUUCGUCUCUGAGGACGAAAAUUCUCCGUGCUCUUGACGGCUCUGAGGACGCGAGGGAUGUCGAUGCUCCGCCUGGAGAUCGUGUCCUUCGCGUGUAUCUUGAGGAUUUCUUCAAGCAUCUCGCAGAGGAUAGUGGCGUCGAUCCCGACAACAUGGGGACGUGGAUUUCACGGGAGGUCAAUCACUUUUACGCGAGUCCUGCGCUCGCACUGUUUGCCUCGGUCUGUUUCUCCCUGACGCCUUUCCUCGCUGAACUCGGGAGCUCUGCGUCUCUGCAGGAGGGGGACUCUGUCCCCAACUUGUGGAGUGACCUUCCUCCCUCGACGACAUACGUCUCUGCGUUUCUAGCGCUGUUAAGUGCCUGUUGGAGAGAGGAUACAGAAGAUAGCGCGAAGGUCUGGAUGAAGGCCUUGGUUCGGCGUCUUCGUCAGCUUCAACUCGUGGUUGAGAUUGUCGGUUUGGAAGCGAAGAAUCCAAGACGUCGACAGGGAGGAGCGCAGGUUGUCGACGUCAGACGCCUGGAAGCUUUUCAACAGGGUCUCCUCGGGAAGUACCUUCUUUGGGUUUCGGCAUUUGAAGAAGAAGAUGCAGGUCGUGAGAAAGAAGAACGCGCUGCGCUAGAGGCCGUUCGCCGUUUGCUUCCUACGCAAGAAGCGCUUGCGUUGUUCGCCUCUGAGCAUCCGCUGGGAUCUCCGUGUGGGGGCUUCUGUGCGCCGGUGUCUCGUUUUCUCGGAGCUCUGGGACUCACCGAAGGCGGCAGAGGAAGGCGUCCGACUCACACAGCUUUUCCACGGUCGUACGGUCUCCCGACGAGUCGGGGGGUCUGGACCAUUCAAGACGCACAAGGCAGGUCUCGCUACGAAAUGAUUUUUGCCGGCGGCCCUGUCCAGCCGGCUGGGCUGCAGUCUGCGAUGGAACGCUGUGGAGAUGUUCGCGGCAGGCCUCCUCGCGCUCGACCGAGACGGAAGGACGCGAAGACUUCGCUGGCCUCUCUGUCUUGUCCCGCGCCUUCAAACCCAGACUUCUUCAGCGCAAUGCCGUUUUCGUAGUCGGGGGAGGGAGAACGGCGUAUUGUGAAGAAAGGAAAUCUGUUUCACCUCGAGUCCGAGACACCGACGCCUGAAGACGGCAUUCACUCGGUGUUCGCGAUGCAAAGGCCAAGCCUUCUGAAGGAUGUUUGAUGCUGUACUUGAGGACCCCCCGAAGCGAUGCACUCUCCGUCACUUGACGGCCUGAGUGUGUGUCUGUGAAUGCGAAGUGGGGACUGUCUAGCCAUGGUUUGAGAAGCCAACACUUGAGAGUCGAGGGUAAAAAGGACGAGAAAAGAAGGUGGAGCCACGGGAAGAACGGAAACGUCUCGAGCGAAUGUGAAUGCUGGAGGGGGGUGACCGAGAAGGUCUUUUCCAGACGAAGGCGUUCGUCGACGUUGAAAGGUGAAAGGGAAUCACACUCUUCGCAGAGGUGCUCUCCCAGAUUCUCGUACUUCUCUCGAUUGCUCUGGGGAGGCAGUCACGUCGGCAGGUACUCGACAGCCGUCGAAGGGCGGCGGCGGGGAGGGGGGGAGGGGAGUUGAGCACUGUGCCCCCUGCUCAAGAGAGUUUUCCAGGGACGGAGUUGAGCUCCUGGCUGUCGAGAGAAAGCAUCGCUUUAAAAGGAAAGGCCGGAUGCAUGGAGAAGCACCAACGGAGUCGUUGAACGCAGGGAAAGAGCUAAGGACUCUGUGGGGAAAGCAACGUGGAAAAGAAGGCUUUGUGUGUGGGCGAGCGGUGAGCACUUGUCGCCAGGAAUGCCAGCGGUCUAUUUAUGUUCUCUCCCUCAGCGAGACAAGGAAAGACAUCGUUGAAGUCGGACCCACCAGCCCAACUUUAACCGCUGAAAAACGAAGUCUGACCGUGGGAAGCCUCGUAGGUAGGCGGGCAGGAUCUGGCGGUCGAGCCAGGCAGGGCAUUGGUAGCGGUUGAGAAUAGUUGAACGCCUUUCGCGACGACUUUGAACUGUGCGUUGUUUUGUAGAAAUGCCUGGGCUUUUGGAAACCCUUUUUACGUAGCAGGACUGUUGUAGAGAAGUCAUCUAGGGAGACCUCGGUUGAAGCACCGAAUUUUUUAGUUAGUAGCGGUGUAUUUCAGUUAGGAUUGUCCCGUCGAAUUGCUUUUGUGUUGACAACAACUUCCGGUCUGACAAAGAACGAAUUCAGAAGAGACGGAUCGAGCUACACAGAGCUCGAUUCAGUUAUCGUGUGCUUUUCACGAGCGCGAGGCUGACUGACACGCCACGGUUCAGAGAGACAGAGAGAGUGGAGAGACCGUGAGAUUCGGUUUUCGCACACUCCUUGUUCAUGCGAGGGGGGACCUACGACAGAGACACAGGUCACAGCUCUCUGUGGUUUUUGUGUGGUAUCCUUCGAAAGCAUUUUCCCGGUGCGUCGGGGUCUCGCGCCGGGCGUGGCUUUGCACUGUGGACCGUGGAUCACAGGUUGAAAUAAAGUAACGUUUUCUGGGACAUGUCCUCCCGUGGAAGCAAGUGCGUUUCAUGUCGCAGAGCAGCCGUGCGACGAUUUCACUGAAAAUGACGUUUUAGCUAGCUAGCUGCGAAUUCGACACGCCUUUCACAACUGACCUCCCUGCGUCUGAUGAUACACCAUUAAAAGUUCGGACGUCU